AUGGGAUGUUGUGAAUCGAAACCACAGGUUGUUUUUGUUGAAUUUCAGAUCUUCUUUUUCAAAAAAAAAUUAUUUUUCAGCGAGAUGAUAAUAGAAGACAAUAUUCUUCACCUUCACCAGAAAGAAGACAACGACAACCGCAACCAAAACAUCAAUCACAUCCGCCUCAACAAGGCCCGCCAGGCCCGCCAGGUCCUCCAGGGCCACCGGGACCUCCUCAACAACAACACGCACCGCCGCCUCCCCAAUAUGUUCAAGGCCCGCCAGGUCCACCAGGCCCACCAGGUCCACCCGGGCCUCCUCAACAUCAACAACACGCACCCCCACCUCAAUAUGUAGCUGCACCUCCACCUCAACAAAUUCAUUAUUAUCCGCCACCUCCGCCACCAGUUGUUAUGGCUCCUGUGGCCCCAGUUGUUGUUGCUCCAGCACCAAUGUACUGUGGCGGUCCAAUGAUGUAUGAUCCGUUUUAUUGUGAUCCAUUUUGUGGUCCCGUUAUUAUGUUUUGA